GUAAUAAAGUUGAUUUCAUAGAAUCCGGUCGACAAUUGCUUUUUUUUACAAAGAACAUGCCAAACGGAACAGUGAAUAGUUUCAGAAUUUUUGAUAUUGGAAGUAGUGAUGGGUUUACGGAGAUUAAACCGUGUACAGCAAAUGGUUCACGAAAAGAAGAUGCUGUCAGUAGCAGUGACCUGAAGGAAAUGAUUUUAAAGUCUCUUAAUCAACCGAAGAGGCAAAAAUCAAUUGCUACAUUUCUGUUAUAUGAUGAGUUGGGCUUACAACUUUUUGAUGAAAUAACGCGUUUGGAGGAGUACUAUCUGACCAACGCCGAACGAACAAUUUUACAAGAUCAUGCCGAUGAACUGGCUGGUAGAGUUAAUAAUGGAACAAUUAUAGUGGAAUUGGGUUCUGGAUCACUCACUAAAACUCAACUAAUUCUCAGAGCGAUGGAGCGUAACAAGAAAUGUGUCACCUAUUACGCUUUGGAUUUGAAUAGAAACGAAUUGGAACGGUCGCUAUCGUCGCUGGACGGUCCAUUUAAGUACAUUCAAUUGGUGGGAUUAGUGGGCACAUAUGACCAAGCUAUUCCGUGGCUCAAGCAACAAUAUCCUAACAAAACUACUCAAAAACUGGUACUAUGGCUGGGAAGCUCUGUCGGCAAUCAUACAAGACGAGAAUCUGCAAUAUUUUUGCGUCAAUUUGUUUGUAGCUGUUUGCAGCCGGGAGACUUCGUUGUAAUUGGUUUUGAUCGUCGUAAUGACCCAUCCACUGUGCUAAAGGCCUAUAAUGACGAACAUGGCAUUACAGGCAAAUUUAUUAUGAAUUGUUUAAGCCAUGUCAAUAGCAUCCUCGGCGAACCAUUCUUCAAUCUAGACGACUUUGAAUACCAUUCCACAUAUCAAGAGAAUUAUGGACGUCACGUUUCCCAUUUCCGCGCAAAGCGAGCUGUAAAUCUGGUGUACCGUAAAGAGCGAUUAAGUGAUGAUGUAACAAUUCCUGUGGAACAGGGAGAAUUGAUACACUUAGAGUUCUCUCACAAAUACAGCAAUUCCGAAAUUGCACAGUUACUGGAAGCAGCCGAAUUAGAUUUGGUGCAAACGUGGUCAGAUUCAAACUUUCUUUAUCGAUUGGUUCUGUCUAGACACCAUCCUGUUCAGUCCCGAAACGAUGAUGAUGUUAUUGAUAAGUUUUUCCCUUACGAUAAUGGCUCCGACAGAAUAUGUGACCAAAACGAAUUUCUAGAAUGCUCAAUGUGCAACACUAAAACUAUUUGAUAGACAAUAGGGCCCGGAAUUAGAUUGGAUCAGCUAAAUAAAAUUUACUGCGUUUGCGUUUGACGAGGCGUUUAGUCUCUUGAAGUAGUUGCAAAAAAAAACUGAGUCUGACAACACUGCAGUCAAUGCUAGAUUGUAGGCUAGAUACGUCUUUUUGCAACUACUUUUGCCACUACUUCAGAAUUUGACCUAAAAAGCUGAAGUAGUGGCAAAAGUAGCGACAAAAGUUGUUCUCAAAGUUUUGCAACUACUUUUACAACUACUUCAGGAUUUUCGCUAGAAAGCUGAAGUAGUGGCAAAAGUAGUGCAGGAUCUCAAGAUUUUCUUGAGUUUAGUUCGUCCUUUUACAAAAUGUAAUUAACGUAAAGGAGUUUAGCUCGUUCAUACAAAAAUCAUUCGCCGGAACGGUG